AUGUACGACUCCUAUCGUCCACAUCCUCUCCUCGCCCAGGUCCCACUGACCGUUUCACCUUUCAUCAACCUCCCCACCUCCGUCACAUUACCCUACACAUACAAAUCCGUCCCCUCAUCUCUCCCCUCCUCGGUGACAAUCGAUCCAAGCAAUCCUGAUGGUAAAGCCCGCUAUGUCAUCUCCCCAAGCGGCGAGCAUGCAGCUCACCCAGACGACGUCCUCGCCACGUGCCACUCCCUCGAACAACAUUUGAAUGAGGCUCGCACCAACGCAGAGCAAGCCAUCAACGCAUGGAUAGAGUCGAUAAAGCAACGUGAACUAGCCGAAAAAAGACGCCUGGCUCCUGGGUGGCUCGACCGCGAGGAAAAGCUCCUUCAACCUAGCCGGACCAGUGCUUGUCCUGACGCACAGGCCGAUGCCCAUUCAAGCCUGCUGGAUAGCUCUUCCCCUGACCAAGACUCUUCUCGAUUACCGACCAUGAUGCCACAUAACGAUGGGGAGGAGUUGGAUCGAGCGUUCGGUGGCCUAGGUGUGAAAUGA